UUGUAGGAUUUUCCAUUGAAUCAUUCUACGAUCAUAAAAUGAUCAUACAGAAUACUGUCAACAAAUUUUGGAAAAUAAUUUAAAAAAUCUGGAAAUUUUUUUUUCUUCAAAAAAGAUGUUGGACUGGUCAAAUCCAUUGCUAAAAGCGCAGGCUAUAGCCUUUGCCCCUUUAUGCAUUGGCAAUCUGUUUAUGUUUAUCGCUUUAUUGACUCCUGCAUGGCAGGUGGCAGAGGAUACAGAUGCCCAUCGAUAUAUGCAAAGUGGUUUAUGGAUGUACUGUCCCGGUGGUGUACCUUGUUGGUAUAUUUUUAGUGAUAACCUGAUUAACUAUUACGAAAAAGUAGAUGUUUGCCGAUUCCUUUUAAUUGGUGACUGUCGUAAAAAACUCAUCAAGACACCAUAUUUCUUUGGAUGGCAUUAUGCCGUUCUAAUUCUCUUAUUGUUCGCCUUGGCAUUUAGCCUCAUCGCUACAGGAUUCCUCAUACUUGGUGUAUAUCGAAGUAGCAAAGUUCGAUUAUUUACAAUCAUCUUCAUUCUGUUCACCUUCUUAUCCUUCCUGUUCUCAUCAGUUGGAUUAGCUGUUUUCGUGAUUAAUGCCGAAAUGUUGGAAUCGCGUUUUCUGAUUGGUGUCAAAAAUACAUUCAAGAAAGAAUACGGUUAUUCGUUCUACCUUGCUGGAUUAGCAUGCAUGUUUCUAAUGUUUGGUUUAUUGGCUGGCGUUAUGGUAAUGAGUUAUAUAUUUCUCACGAAAAGCGGGCGCAGUUACGUAAAAGAAGCAAAACUCAAAAACUCUAGUCCACCAUCAUGGCGAUCGUUUAUGGGCAUAAAGGAACCGGAGAGCACAACAAAACGUCCUAGCAGUCAAACAAGUUCAUACCCGACGAUUCCGGUUUUCCAAAAUGUCUUCGAACAUCCACCACGACCAGGCAGUAACACAGCAUCACAGUCGGUAACACCAUUACCGCCAGAAUAUAUGUCAACAACCAGAACAUUCUUCAGCUACUAAUAAUGCAUAAUGACCAAAUGUAAUUUUCCCAGCAUUUCUUGUAAAUAAAAUAUGAAGGAAAUCAUGCCUCUUCUCACGUUCAGUAGUUAUAGUCAAGCGCGUUUAUACUCAACAAGUUUCUUUGUGUUAGCCUCCUAACAAAGCCCAAAAAACUCUUUUUGUAAUAUAGCGUACAAAGUCAAACUUGAAAUGCGACCGAAGUUUAUUGAAUAAAGCAAGAAACAAAUGCUAGUCAGCAAAUAAAACAAACAUUUCAACUCAACAACAACUG